AUGGCCGUGAAGUCCAGACUACCCAUUUUCAUCGUCGGCGCCGGCGUCUUCGGUGCCGCGGGUGCCCUGACGGCCAUCAUCAAGCAUCCGGACUCUGAAGUCGUCCUCAUCGACCCGAGUCACCUCCCGCACCCGCGCUCGGCGUCCUACGACGUGUCCAAGAUCAUCAGGGAUGACUACGGCCAGACGCUUCACAUCCACAUGGCCAGGAGCGCCAUGAACGUGUGGCUCGAUGCCGACUCGCUCUACAGCAAGUUCUUCCACAGGGUCGGUAUGUUGCGCUGUCAGCCCGACGACUUCAACGAGAAGAGCCUCGCCGCCUACAAGAAGGCCGGCAUCCCCACCAAGUCCAGGUGGGUGGACGUUGCGGAAGUGUCGCCCGUCCUGGCCGGUGCCGACUUUGGCGGCAUGGACAAGGUCAUGUAUAACCCGGACUACGGCUACGUGGAUGCCGAGGCCUGUCUCGCGGCCGUCCGCCAGGAAGCCGUCGACCGCGGCGUCAAGCUCCUGGUGGGCGAGGUGACCAGCCUGACCUUUGAUGACGCGGGAGACUGCACCGGCGUGAGACUCCAGACCGAGGGGGCAUCGCAGGAGCUCAGGGGCAAGGUUCUGCUUUGCACCGGUGCUCGUACGGCCGCUCUGCUCAGAGACAGCGCCCCUGAGAGGACGGAGCUGCAUGCCGGCAACAGGCUCAAGGCCACCGGUGCCAUGAGCUUCACCGUCCGCAUCGACGGAGAGCUCAAGGAGCGUUUCGACGCCGGCCCCGUCCCCGUCUUCAAGAACCGCGUGGAGGAAGUCAUGGGGGAGCUGGUCUCCUACAAGAACGGCCUUCUCAAGUUCAACCGCGACGGAUGCUGGACGCUCAACAAGGACGAGCCCUGGGUCGCGCCCAACGAGCCGGGGUUGACUGAAUGGGUCACCGACCCCAAGGCCAUCCCGGACAGCAUCAAGCAGCUCGCACGCCAGACCAUCGUCGGCUUGUGCGGGAAAGACCUGGCGGACUGCGAGAUCGAGGAGUACCGCUUCUGCUGGGACGCGUACACCCCGAACCACGACUUCAUCAUCUCCAAGCACCCGCACUCCCAGAACCUGUACGUCGCCACCGGCGGUACCUUCCACGGCUGGAAGUUCCUGCCCGUCCUCGGUGACUACAUCGUCAAGAUGCUGGACAACGAGCUCGAGCCCAAGUACCGACAGCUCUGGGACUGGGACCGGGUUCACGAUGAGGACGCUAACACGACCUACCCCAUCCUGGGUGCUCUGAGCGAGCAGUAG